UAGAAAAGUGCUUAUUUUCCGUCAGUUCGCACAAAGUCUUCACCUUGUACAGUCAAAUUACUGCUGUUUGGAGUGUUUUUCUUUUUCUUCUUGCUGUUUUUUUUGUCUUCUGAGUCAUUGAUUGCUAACAAAAGUCAUAGUGUAUACAUAUACAGUUAAGAAAAUACAAUGGCAAUAAAAGAAAAUGUCACGUACUCCAGCAUUAGCAUGGCGUGGAUAAAGUUUCUGCUCUGCGUAGCUAACUUUAUAUUUUUGUUGGCUGGUGUAAAUAUUAUUUUUAAAGGUGGACUCAUAUUCGACUUAUAUGAGAAUUUCUUCUACUUCUUCAACUCGAGAUACGUUUCACCAGCUGCUCUUCUCUUUAUUGCUGGCGUAUUGGUUCUCAUCAUAUCUAUUUUCAGCUGCUAUGGUGCAAUAAAAGAAAGCACCUGCAUGGUUUUGACUUCUGCGUUUCUUCUAUCUACGGUGCUCAUACUUGAAUUUGCGACAUCAAUUACUGCCUAUGUUUACAAAGACGACAUUGUUAACAUUAUGAAGAUAAAAUUGAAUAAUACCAUGUAUCAGUACCACAGUGACAAUAAAGCUAAGAAUGCUAUGGAUUUUUUACAAGAUCAGUUUGGUUGUUGCGGUAACAAUGGACCAGAGGACUGGGAAUAUGUUGCAGAACGACAAAGUAUUCGAAACUCUCUACCAUCAUGCUUUUGGUGGUCGUUAACUGAAUCGCGCGAGCCUGGUUGCUUCAAACUGUUGGCCGACCUUAUAGGAGACAGCGCAGAUUACCUGAUCACUGCAGCUAUUAUGAUUGCCCUUGUGCAGAUUACUGGAAUAAUCCUGACUUGUAUGCUAGGACGUAUGAUAAGAAAACAGAAGACGCUCAGAGAGAUGCGCAAGUGGCAGAUGCAAAUGUCCUUACCAAACUUGGAUGAGCCUUUGGAAAAGGCAGCCUCCCUCUCCUGUUCUCCUACCGUUAUCACUUAGGACAACAUCAUUUUUGGUAAAAUGAUUCGUGUUACUGAGAUGAUAAAUUAUUUAUCGGCAUUUCAGAAAACAACAGUCCAUUAGGUGUACCGUUUAAUCAAUGAAAAAUGUAAUUUUUACUUGAAAUCGAUUGAAAAAAAUUGAAAGUAUACUUGCCCCUUUCAUAAAAAUACCUCCGUGUACUCAUUUUAUUGGGCAGUGCAAAAGUUGGACUUCAUAUUCAGAGUAUCAAAAGAAAAUCGUUUGCUACUCAGAUUCAAACUCAUUCACACACUUGUAGUAUUAUGCUUAAUAUGGUAAAUUGCACAAAGUAUCAGCCUUAACAACUUUAAAAAAUCGUAAGAUACAAAGAAUCGACAUCACAAAUAUUGCAUGGUAUAUAACCGUACGAACUAAAAUUUUUUCGUCUUGUUGGUAAGAAGUUAACUUUAGCUGCUCUUUUUGCGACACAUACUUGAUUGACAAUCUGAAAAAGAUUCAUGCAAAUAAGUAAUCGUAGGAAAAGUAUUAAAAUUCGGUAAAAAUUAACAAACUUGACUCUAAUAAUUGUGACCCAUCUGGAUACAAAGCUGUCGUAUCCGUUCCAAAAGAGAUCGGGAGCACCUCAAAACAAACUUUAAUCCAAUCUUUGUUGGAGUUAAAAAUAUUGAUUUAGAGAAAACUUACAGAUUCAAAUCGAGGCUUCAAAAACAUAUAAUUUGAUGAACAGUCAAGUGCACCAAAAUUUCAACCAAAUCAAUAUUUUUGCCCCAAACAGAGCUGGAGUUGAAACUUGUCUUUACCAACUUUGACUACUUUUAGAUCAAACAUACUUAUAUUAGAAAAAUGCUACAUCAUGGAGUAACACCAUAGACUAACUCAAAAGUUUUGCCAGCUUUGGCAAAAAAACUUUUUAAAGCUUCAACAGCAUUUUCCGAGGAACAAGU